CGCAGGCGCGCGGCGGGCCGUGCGCGAGCCAUGGCUCUCCCGAAAGAGAAUGCCAGUUUGCUCUUCAAGUUGUACUGCUUGACAGUGAUGACCCUGGUGGCUGCAACCUACACUGUAGCCUUACGGUACACAAGGACAAUAGGCCAAGAACUGUACUUUUCCACCACAGCUGUGUGUGUCACCGAAGUUAUAAAGUUAUUUCUAAGCAUGGGCAUUUUAGCCAGGGAAACUGGUAGCAUGGGUAGAUUGAUGGCAUCCUUAAAAGAAAACGUCUUGGGAAGCCCGAAGGAAAUGAUGAAAUUAAGUGUUCCGUCUCUUGUGUAUGCCGUUCAGAACAACAUGGCUUUCUUAGCCCUUAGCAAUUUGGAUGCAGCUGUGUACCAGGUGACCUACCAGUUGAAGAUCCCUUGUACAGCUUUAUGCACUGUUCUGAUGCUAAACCGAUCCCUCAGCAAACUACAGUGGUUUUCAGUGUUCAUGUUGUGUGGUGGAGUCACGCUUGUUCAGUGGAAACCUGCUCAAGCUACCAAAGUUUCGGUGGAACAGAAUCCAUUGUUAGGGUUUGGUGCCAUAGGUAUUGCUGUACUUUGUUCAGGAUUCGCAGGGGUGUAUUUUGAGAAAGUUUUGAAGAGUUCAGACACUUCCCUGUGGGUGAGGAACAUCCAGAUGUAUUUAUCUGGAAUCGUGGUGACGUUAGUUGCUGUCUAUACGUCCGACGGCCCUGAAGUUACAAAGAAGGGUUUCUUCUAUGGCUACACUUACUACGUUUGGUUUGUCAUCUUUCUUGCCAGUGUUGGAGGGCUGUAUACAUCCGUGGUUGUAAAAUACACAGACAAUAUCAUGAAAGGAUUUUCUGCUGCAGCAGCCAUCCUCCUCUCCACCAUUGCCUCCGUCAUGCUGUUUGGAUUGCAGAUAACAUUCACUUUUUCUCUGGGUGCCCUUCUCGUGUGCGUUUCUAUUUACCUUUAUGGAUUACCUAGACAAGAUACAACAACAAUCCAACCUGCAGCCACCAAGACAUCAAAAGAGAGGCUCGGCAGUGUGUGAUACGUGCAAGAAAAGACACUGCUCCUCCAAGGGCAAAAUGCACCCUUUAACCAGCCCCAAAAGGUAAACUUUUAAAACUGAAUGUAUGGUG